CAUCACAGCAUCACAUCUUCAACUUCAGGGCCUUCAAGCAAUAUAUCCUCUUGCACCUCAUCUCCUAUUCGAGUUUCAGAGCCUACGAAGCACUAUAUUCUCCAGCAUCUCACUUCUUAUCCAACUUUUAGAGCCUACGAAGUAACACCCUCUCAACGCUCACCAUGCGUCCAUCUCAAGUCCUCUCUUAUGCCAUUCUGGCAGGCACCAGUAUAGCCCAAGGCGACAUUGGCGCUCUGCUGGCCUCGCAACCCGACCUCAGCACUCUCCUCGAACUAGUCGGUCUUGUAGAUGGGCUAGCAGACACGCUAUCCGCCGCCUCCAACAUCACCAUCUUCGCUCCUACAAACGACGCCUUCGCAGCGGUACCACGCGAUGUCCCCGAAGGCCAAGCCAUCGAGAACAAGAACGACACCAUUGCCAUCGGUGCUCUACUCGCCAAUCACGUCUUCAAGGGCGUCUACCCAGCCAGUGUCAUCACCGAUAUCCCAACCUUUGCGCAGACACUCCUUGACAGCUCGUAUGUGAACGCUAUCCAGCCUUUCUCCAACUUUACCGGAGGAGCCUACAAUGAGCUCGUCAAGAAUGGAGAAGAUGUCUGUGUUAUCUCUGGAGAACAAACCAUCUCCACUGUUACUGAAGCUGUAAGUAUUCAUCAUAUGUAUCCAUCAUUACGCACCCAAUUCCUCACCAACGACACUAACACAAACUCCCAGGACAUCAUGCUCGGCGAAGGCAUAACCAUCCACAAAGUUGACACGGUCCUCUCUUUCGGCGCGCCCUUCCAACUCUUCACCUACCGCUCCGGCUACUUCGCCAUGAACGCCGCUCUCGAAGCCGCCCAACUCGCCAUCGACUUCGGCCUCUCCGGCCCCGAAGCCACCGGCCUCAACAUCUCCGACUUCACCAUCUUCGUGCCUACCAACGAGGCAUUCGAAUCCAUUGGCUCGGUUCUUGAAUCUGCGGACCAGGCAACGCUGCAGGAGGUGCUUAAGUACCACAUCAUUCCUAGCAAUGUCAUAUUCUCGACUGCGCUGGGUAAUGUUACAGUUAAGAGUCUCCAGGGCGCGGAUUUGGUGUUUACGGUGCUGGAGGAUGGGAGUGCGUGGGUUAAUGGCGCGAAGAUUGUUUAUGCUAACACUAUUCUUUUCAACGGUGUUGCGCAUGUUAUCGAUGGGUUAGUCUCUUCUUCUCCCACCCGUCGACUAUCACACAUACUAACCUCAUCCCUAGUGUCCUCAGCCCUCUCUCGCCUUUUGACCGCGCAUCCCUAGAGCCAUCUGCUCCGGCAUCCGACCGUGUCGCUUUCGAAGGCGCAACUUCCGUCUCUGAACUUCCCUUCUCUAGCGCCUCCCUCGCUUUCGGAGGCGAUCUUAUGACCUACACGACCACACCUGAACUUCUCAAGACUGUUGCUGCUGUUGCUACACCUACCUCGGGCGUUGACGCUACUACUACGGGCUCGCCUAUGGAGACUUACACUGGAGCUGCCAUGGCUAUGCUGCCCGGUGCUGGUAUGGCUGUUGCUGGAGCUAUGGGUAUUGCUGCUGCGCUUGUCUAGAGUUGCAGAAUGG